AUGUGCUCUGGAUCAUCUCAAUAUCAAUCAAUGCCGGAACGUCAAUUAGGCAAAAAUGGUCCAAAAAUAUCAGCUAUUGGUUUUGGAUUAAUGGGUUUAGUUUCAGCACCUGGCGUUUCGACGUCGGAUGAUGAAAGAUUUAAACUGUUGGAUCGUGCUAUUGAACUUGGUUGUACUUAUUUUGAUACUGCAGAUAUAUAUGGUGAUAAUGAAGAUUUAUUAGGAAGAUAUUUCAAGAAAUAUCCACAUCAACGGAAAAAAAUAUUUCUUGCAACCAAGUUUGGUAAUGUGGUUAGUUCUGAUUUUAGCUCUCUUUCAGUUCGUGGUGAUGCACAAUAUGUUCGAGAAGCAUUUGAAAAAAGCUUAACACGACUCGGUCUUGAUUCAAUCGAUCUGUACUAUGUACAUCGUAUUGAUAAAAAAGUACCUAUCGAAGAAACAAUUGGUGUUUUAAAAGAUUUUGUUCAACAAGGUAAAAUCAAAUAUAUUGGUUUAUCUGAAUGUUCAAGUGAUACACUUCGACGAGCAUAUACAAUUCAUCCAAUUUCUUGUGUACAAGUUGAAUAUUCACCAUUUAGUUUAGAUAUUGAAAAACAAGAAAUUGGUCUUUUAAAAACAUGUAGAGAACUUGGUGUAGCAAUUGUUUGUUAUUCACCUCUUGGUCAAGGUAUUCUUACAGGAGGAAUUAAAAGUCCAGAUGAUUUUCAACCAAAUGAUUAUCGAAGAUUUUAUCCACGUUUUUCCAAGGAAAAUUUUCCAAAAAGUCUUGAAUUAGUCAAUAAAUUAGUAUUAAUCGCUAAGAAGAAAAAUUGUACACCAGGUCAAUUAACGUUAGCAUGGAUUCUUGCUCAAGGCAAUGAUUUUAUUCCCAUACCAGGUACACGCAGAAUUAAAUAUUUAGAAGAAAAUAUUGCGGCAACUCAAAUUAAUUUAAGUAAGGAAGAACAACAAGAAAUUCGAACAGCUUGUGAAACAGCUGAUAUAGUGGGUGAACGUUUUCCUGAACACUUAUGUGUCAAUUUAUAUGCCGAUUCAGCUCCGAAGAAAAACUAA